AUGCUCGCCACGACUCUCCGCUCCUGUCAGAGCCAGAAAGAAUCUUGGAGGACAGUAUUGACCUUGGCUUAUCAGAGCCUGGGCGUUGUAUAUGGAGAUUUAAGCACAUCCCCUUUGUACGUAUACAAGAGCACCUUUGCUGAAGAUAUUGAACACUCAGAGACCAAUGAAGAGAUUUAUGGGGUUUUCUCUUUUGUGUUUUGGACGCUCACUUUGGUCCCUCUCAUCAAAUACGUUUUUAUUGUGCUCAAAGCGGAUGAUAAUGGCGAAGGGGGAACGUUUGCUCUCUAUUCUCUCCUGUGUCGACACGCCCGAGUGAACUCAUUGCCCAAUUGCCAGAUAGCAGAUGAAGAAUUAUCAACUUACAAGAAGGAUAUUGCAACUUUCGCUUCUUCUUCUUUUGGCUCAAGGUUGAAGUCUACACUGGAAAGGCACAGAGUGUUGCAGAAUUGCUUGCUUGUAUUGGCUUUGAUUGGGACUUGUAUGGUGAUCGGCGAUGGCGUCCUCACACCGGCAAUUUCCGUUUUUUCUGCUGUUUCUGGAGUGGAGCUUGCUAUGUCACAAGAGCAUCACAAAUGUUUCUUUUCUGCAGGAAAUUCAAUAGUCUACUCUUACCUCACCCAUUUCUUUUACACUUGA